AGAUUCACGAAUUUCUCUUCACGUUUCUUCUUUGUUCUUAAGAUCUGUUUAGCAAAUCGUAAUAGACACAAUCAGUCUACUUUGAGAGAUUGAGAUUCUCUGUUUCUUUGGAGCUAAAAGAUUUGAAAUCUAUGGGUGUAAAGAUCUUGAAGCUCAAUAUCUUCCGUGGAUCUACAAAUAGACAUGCUCUGUUUCGUGCUCUCAUCAUUGCCUCUGCUCUAUCUGUUGUCCCUUUGAUGGAGUUAAACGCUAAAGAUCGCGUCUUUGGUGAUGAUGUAGCAGUGGAUUUGGUCCAUCUCGGCCGAUUUGUUAUCGCAGGACCGAAAUUGUUCUUUGAUAAGCUCGUUGAACCAUUCUGGGGUCAAAUUGAGACAGAGAAGUACCCAGAAGUGGUAAUUGCUGAUCUCGUUGAAGAGCUUAUGGGGUUAAAGCUAUUGCAUUGUGAUGCUAAGGUUCUCUGCAUUGGUCCCGGGUCAGAUUCUGCUGUUUCGGCAUUCAAAGAGAUGGGUUUCUCAGAUGUUCACGGGGUUCCUAAGCAUCCAUUGUUUUCCUUUUUCAGUAGGAAGCAUGUCAACGAGCUUGAGCUUAGUGGCGAAAAGUCGUUUGAUUUCGUGUACUGUGGGGAUGUUGAUCUAGUUGCUUCCCCUGUUCUUCUUGUGCUUGAGAUGGAGCGAGCUCUGAGGCCUGGUGGAACCGGAGCAGUCCUUGUGAGUACUAAUGCUAAUGGUCUUGUCAAAUCCGCGACUUCGGUUUCAUUCUGGCUUAAGCAGUCUGAGAUAGUGCGUGUAAACUACUUGGAUGAGUUCACCGUCAUUGUAUUCAAGAGAAAUGUAACGGAAACUGCUCCUUAUAUUGGGAAAACUCAGCUACCUAGAGAUUGCCAAUCUAUUGACACCAAUAGACCUUACAUCGAGUUCAUGGAACCUCUACUCGAGCAAAAGCCUGCUGAUUUCCCAAAAUCAGUUGCUUACUUGCCUAAAUUCCUUGAUCUCUCUCUGAAGAAGAGCCUUGUCUACAUUGACAUUGGAGCAGCCGAGCAUAUGGAUGCUAAUUUAACUCCAAACUGGUUCUUUCCGUUAUAUCCACUUGACAGCAAAGCUUUCAAUGUCUACUUUGUCGACCACAACACUUCAGUAAUGCUAUCGUAUGUCAAGAAACCCGGCGUCACCUUUGUUUACCAUCCGGAUUUGGCUGAGGACAACUCGACAGGCAAAAAGAUAACUCCGCUUGAACAGCUAGAACCAUUUCCAGAAGAUGAGGGUUUCGAUUUCCUUGCUUGGUUUGAGGAAACUGCGAAAUACGCAGACUUUGUGGUUCUUAAGAUGAACACAAGCCAAGUGGAAAUGAAGUUCCUAAAUGUUUUAUUGGAAACAGGAGCCAUAUGCUACGUGGACGAGCUUUUCCUCCGCUGCUCCAACCACAAACCAGACUGCAUCAAUAUACUUCAAACUCUGAGAACCAGAGGUGUGUUUGUUCAUCAAUGGUGGGAAGACUAAACCAAUGUAACUCAAUCUCCCUUGCCUUUGUCCUAUCUACGUCGUUUCGUGUCUGUCUUUGUCGUAGUUGUAAUGGCAUCACCUUCUGUGUUUGCCAUAGUUGGUCCUCGGCCACCACAGCUCCUGGCCAAGCACCUUAUCACUAAAUAAGAAGCUGCCUGUCUG